AUGAACUGGCCUAUCGACUUGCUUCCCGAUGUUCUUGCGUCGCUGCGUCCUCGCAUUCUCACCUAUGGCUAUAAUGCCAACGUCACUGUGUUCAAUGAUGGAGCUUCGCGGGAUUCAGUGGUUAGCCAUGCUGAGACCCUCGCAUCCAAUCUCGCGGCGAAUCGAAAUCUUCGAGACUGCUCGGACCGGUCAAUCAUCUUCAUCUGCCACUCGUGA